AAAACAUAUCCAUAAUGCAAUUGUAAAAGACGACUAAAAGAUGCCUAAUAUCAGACGUCUUUUAGCCAUCUUUUAGUCUCGGCUAUAAGUCGACAUUUAGUGGGACAUAAGACGUCUUUUAGUCAUCUUUUUAUCGACUAUUGGCUCUACCUAAAAGACAUCCAUGACGAAAAUCUGUCAUCUUUUAGUCGUCUUUUAAACGUCUUUGUGCUAUCUGGGCAGUGACUCGUCAUAAAAUCAUUAUAUAAUGAUAUUUUGACUUUCAGGAUAUUAAUUCAAUACGCAUAUAUUUUCGAAAAUAUAACUUUUUUGAGAGGAGAUUGCCUGGCACUUAUUCAUUGAAAUUAUCUUUUAUAUACCGUGUGUGUGUGUAUGUGUGUGUGUGCGUGUGUGCGCGCGCGCGCGCAUGAAGAAUCAUCCCCACUCCAACUGGGCAAACGUUCUCGGCUGGCAGUGCCGUGGUCGUGGCCGUGUUGGCUCAGUGCUUGAUCCGAGUGCCAUUGGAAAGAUAAAGAAGAAGAAGCAGACUCUUGGCGCUUGUUUUAUAGCAGUGUCAAGCUCGUGUGGCUGUUCCGUUCGUAUGGUGUAUUUUUAGGUAUGACAGUUGCAGGCAAGCUAUGACGGAAAACAACGUUAAGUAUGUAGUGAUACCUCUUCACCAUCGGCCUGACUUGAUCCGAGACUGUUGUAAAUUGCUUAAUUCUGAAUGGCCUCGAAGCGAGACUGCACGAAUGAAAUCUCUAAGUGUGUCUUGCGACAAUUUUCCUACAUGUCUGGUUCUAAUUAAUAAUGAAAACAAGGUUCUCGGGCACUGCAAGAUCUUUCUGGUGGCCAGGUCGAAAGUUAGCUGUUUCAUAGAGUCUGUUGUAAUCGACUAUCGGUAUAGAUCUCAAGGAUUAGGGUCUAGACUGUUACGCGGCAUGGAAGAAUACGUCGCGAAAAGAGGCCUGAAGAACAUCUACCUGAAGACGGUCGGGCAAGAGGUCUUUUACUACAAGAACGGAUACAAGGUGUGCGAUCCGUUCAAAGCAUACGGUAUUAACGACAUCAUAACCGCCAGUCCGCCUCUCGGCAGAACAAGAUUUAAGGAGCGAGAUGAUUGUUCCGCCGUGCAAUCACCGCCGCCGCCGCCGCCCCCGCCGCCCCCGAUGCCAGCGUUUCAACUAUCAAAGUUUUUCGACAUGCGUAUGCAGUCGCAAAAGACACAUAUGGUAAAGAAAUUGUGAUACUAGUGUUACCGCAGAAUCUCAGAACGGGCUCCACGCAGAGGUCAACGAGAGGCCUUUCACGUCGAUUGAAAUUAGGUACUUAAUGAAAAACGAAUAUGGUUCAUGUAGAACAAAACCGGGAGCAGGACUAGAUAAGCUAGCACAUUGCCUAACAAAGAACUUGACAGUCCUGUCGCUUAGGAAAUCAUGUUCAUUAGUACAUAUCGAUUGUCUUGCGCUUGCGGAACAUGAAAUCGUUCUCGAUUGAACGUGCAUGUGACUUUCCAGCUCGGUUGGGCGACGCGGACGAGGCACUGGAUACAUAAAAUUUUGUCCUUAUUUAUAAGUUGCGAAAUAGAGCGCUGCACUUAUUUUUCAAGCUUUACAGUAUAGCUAUUUUUAUCAUUCCUGUGGAUGGAUCAGCAGGCGGAUUCGUCCUCAGCUUCUUAGUACAAUUUUCCUCGCCGGGGGAAACGCUUCUAUUUAUUUCGAAUAUUAUUCUUUCUACGUUCCUUAUAUUCCAGCGACAGAACGCAAUGCGCUUGACACAUUUUUUUCCAUCCAACUCGUACAAUUCGAGUCAAUUACGAACAAAUGCCAAACUUAUCGAUAACAGAGAUUUACAUAUACAUAUUUAUUUUUCCACUAGAAAAAAAUACACUCAUCUCAUUAUUUAUAUAUCCCUACAUUUCUUCUCGCAUCUUGGUGAUGCCACAGAGUUAUUAGUAAUAAUACGGAUUUUCGAGGCACUAGACGAGAAAUUCACCCAAGUCGUGUUUGGAGAUUGUUCAACCAGGUGAAAAAUUGAUAGUGACGGUAUACUUUGCCUUUGGUGUCUCUAAAAAGAGAAAUAAUAUUAGUGAGAAAAA